ACCACCACCACCACCACCACCACCACACUUAACACCUCUACAGCAGCAAGACACUGGGUGAGGACACACUACACAACAGUCACCCGUCAUGGAGAAAUCUUUGGUGAAGUGGACGGUGUUGGUGGUGGGAGUACUGGCGGUGGUGAAGGAAGGAUGGUGCUUCGUCCAGAUUCCCAACCAACCCACCAAACCUCUCAACCCAGCCACAGACUGCAAGGAUAUCAAGUUCGCUGACCCAUCACGGCGCAGCGCGGUGCGGGAGUCAGUACUGCAGGCUAUGUGCGUCAAGGCGGCACCUCACGUCGAACUCAACAACAAACUCAAACAGUUCGCUGUCUUCCUGAUCCAGCGUGACGGCUUCGACAACCAGGCCAGGUGGUACUCAGGUGAAGCACAGGACGUGCUUGCAGAUCCCUACUGGGUGGUGAACGAGGUUGAGGCCCUGGCGACUACCAAGUACCACUGGUACUCCCAUGGGCUGCCCAUGUGGCCCCUGCCCCACCAGGCACUCACCAACACAACCGCCUCCAAGCUGCCCUCACUCAAAAAGAAAGUCGUCGACUGGCCCAACUACGGCUUAGCUACGCCAGUCUACUUCGCAUCUAAUGCUUGGAGGAAUCAGGCCUGGAGUCUGGAGGAGUUUUUCCAGCAGAAGAACAAGAAGACUUCUCCCUUCAAGAGCCACAAGGACUUCCACAACCUGGCCAAGGAGCUGGUGGCCAAUAUCGAUGGCCAGAAAGUUGAGAGCUACAGCGAGUGGCCUUUCCUGAAGUACUCUCUCGUUCCCAUGGUCAAGUCUAUGGUGACACGCAACAAGGGGUUAUGCCCGGACGAGCUGUACAUAUACCUGCGUGACCCGUGCUACCCUGGCGAAGGUGCCCACCUGACCUGUGCCCAGGCUGCCCUCCACGCCCGUACCCUCCUCACCCUAGCUGCCUGUCGUACCACCGAUGUCAUCGUCGGUUACACCCAGGUACGUCACACCUUCCAUAGUACACCCAGGAGUACAAAAACGAUCCCUUGUAGAGUGCAGACUGCAGGAUCACCAGGACCUUUGCAACAAGUACAGGAAAACCCUCCAUCAUUGUCUUCGUCUCGUUUUCCACACCCUGGCAUUGAGGAUAUAUUUUUGACUGGCUAA